AUGGACGUCUCGUUCAACAUUGUCGCCGCCCGUAAGCUCUUUGCCCUUUGGGGAGGUGCGCUGACGACAGACUGCUCCCAACAGCUGGCCAAGUACCAGCAGUGCGUGUUCAAGAACCAGGACAACGACUGGGUCUCGGCCUGCAAGAAGGAGGCCAAGGCGGUGACCGACUGUGCCGAUCAGAAGGUUCUCGGUCUCCAGAAGCUCAAGCAGCAGUGCGGCAACGAGAUCAAGUCCUUCCGCGACUGUGUCCAGAGGAACGGCACCGAGGACGAGGACGUCAUCCGCGUCGCGUGCAUGACCGACAUGAACCGACUCUGGGACUGCACGGAGAACUUCCACGACACUCUGAUGGACCAAGGCAGCGGCUACGGUAGCGGUAGCAGCAGCAGCAGCGGCAGCCAGAGGAAGAGCAGCUAG